AUGGCAGCAAAUAUCCAUGGUAGUUCUGUUAAAUGUGGCAAAAUUGCUAGAGUUUCUUUUCGUAAUGGUUAUCAACAAACAUUAGGUGUUAAACAUAGUGAUGAAUAUCGAGAUGAACUUGAAAAACAAUUAGAAGAUUUAAUUAAUCAAGAAAAUCAAUUUGAAAAUGAUCUUGCCAAAAGCGAUGAUUCACAUUAUUUAUUUAAUGAUAUUGACAAAUGGAAAAAAGAAACCAUUGAACAAAUUAGACGAAUAGCUAAACAAGCUAAGCAAGGUUUUAGAGAUAGUUCAUCAAAAACAUCUAAGAAACGAGAAAAGGAUCUAUAUGUGGAUGUGGGUGUUGAUGAGGAUCUUCUUUUCAUACGGACAUUCACACUCACAUCCACAUCCACACUCUUCUUUGAUAUUCAUAUACAUAUAUAUAUACAUGAGCAUCAUUUGGAAAUAAACAUUUAAGAUUCGAUUUAAAUUCAUUUCGAAUUUAUUUUGAUCGAAAUAUUUGUCUUCAACCGAACAACGCUUAACACACACCCUCACACUCUCUAGUCUAGUAGUCCUCUCCUUAUGAUCAAAAUAUCCGCUCAAAAACAUGUAAUACUUCCGAUAGUCCUCAUUAGAUUUUUCGAAAAAAUGAUCCAAACCUCCACCAAUAUAGCUAUGCAUCCUGAUAAAAAAACCUUUUCUAGAAAAGUAAUUGGAUACCCAAACAAAGUUCAAUGUUUAGACAUGCAUCAUAUUUAAUUUUGUGCAGUUGGAUCGCUAACGAUUGAUUUUGCUCAUAUACAUAGUAAAGUCAAGCUAAUGUUUUACUACUAAUAUUUGUCGUUUGAUUGAUGUUUUUAUUAUUGGAUACAAGCAUUAGUCAUAGCAGUACCUUGAUGAAUGACCUGCAAAGCUGAUAUUUGAUUCUUUGUAGAGUGUGUUGUACGUCGUGGAUUUCGAUGAUGAGGCAACCAGCAAGAGAGAAUUUGAAAAAGUUCCUUCCGAAAAACGGCACCAGU